GGCAGCUCGUGUGAGUGAAUUGGAUCGAGAAUGGCAGCUACAACUGAGUCCGCUCCUGUUGCUCCCCCGGCAGAACCAGCCGCUGCCAAGAAGACAAAGAAGAAGCAGCAGCCGAAGAAAGUAGCGGGAGGCGCAAAAGCCAAGAAACCCUCCGGGCCCAGCGCGUCUGAGCUGAUCGUCAAAGCCGUGUCCGCCUCUAAGGAGCGCAGCGGGGUGUCCCUGGCCGCUCUCAAGAGGGCUCUGGCUGCCGGAGGCUACGAUGUGGACAAGAACAACAGCCGCCUCAAGCUGGCUCUCAAGGCCUUGGUCACUAAGGGGACUCUCACCCAAGUCAAAGGCACCGGAGCCUCCGGAUCCUUCAAGCUCAACAAGAAGCAACUGGAGACCAAGGACAAGGCGGUGGCCAAGAAGAAGCCCGCGGCGCUCAAAGCCAAGAAACCAGCAGCCGGGGCAAAGAAGGCGCCCAAGUCCCCGAAAAAGCCCAAGAAGGUCUCGGCAGCAGCAAAGAGCCCCAAGAAGGUGAAGAAACCGGCAAAGGCCGCCAAAAGCCCCAAGAAACCGAAGGCUGUUAAAGCCAAGAAGGUGGCCAAGAGUCCCGCUAAAAAGGCCACCAAGCCCAAAACUGCCAAGAGCCCAGCAAAGGCCAAAGUCGCCAAACCCAAAGCGGCUAAAGCCAAGAAGCCUGCGCCUAAGAAAUAAUGUGCCCGCAACCCCUGCUCGUCCCACCAAAGGCUCUUUUCAGAGCCACCA